GCAGAGCCGCCCGAGCUGGCCCGGGGCACUGCGCUCUCCGCCCGCCGACGGACACGCCGCUGCCGGGCCGGGGGGCGGCUGCCCGGGAGAGCCAUCUGCGGUGGACGCAGAGCUCUGCCGCUGUCCGUCUGCUACCCCGAGGGACGAUGGUGCCGCGGGCCUGGCGCUGCGCGGGGGUUCGCCCUUUCCUGCUGGCGCUGCUUCUGGUGCAUCUGCCUCAGGGUCGCGGCCACCGAGCCACUGGGCCUCGGUUUCUAAUAAGCGAUCGUGACAGAGACCCUCAGUGUAACCUGCAUUGCUCCAGGUCCCAGUCCAAACCCCUCUGUGCUUCUGAUGGCAGAACAUACGAGUCAAUGUGCGACUACCAGAGAGCCAAAUGCCGGGAGUCAAGUCUGAGCGUGACACAUCGUGGCCGGUGCAAAGAUGCUGGCCAAAGCAAGUGUCGAUUAGAGAGAGCUCAAGCACUGGAACAGGCAAAGAAGCCCCAGGAAGCAGUCUUCAUCCCAGAAUGCAAUGAGGACGGAUCAUUCACACAGGUGCAGUGCCAUACCUACACUGGAUACUGCUGGUGUGUGACACCUGAUGGCAAGCCUAUUAGCGGCUCUUCUGUACAGAACAAAACUCCUGUAUGUUCAGGUUCUGUAACUGAUAAACCAUCAAGCCAGGGUAAUUCUGGGAGGAAAGUUUCUUUUCGAUUCUUUUUAACUCUCAAUUCAGAUGACGGUUCGAAGCCAACACCUACCAUGGAAACCCAGCCAAUUUUCGAUGGAGAAGAAAUCACAGCACCCACCCUUUGGAUUAAGCACUUGGUCAUCAAAGAUUCCAAAUUGAACAGCUCCAAUAUAAGGAAUUCAGAGAAAGUUCACUCCUGUGACCAGGAAAGGCAGAGUGCCCUGGAGGAGGCCAGGCAGAACCCCCGCGAGGGUAUCGUCAUCCCUGAGUGUGCACCUGGAGGGCUCUACAAACCAGUGCAAUGCCACCAAUCAACUGGGUACUGCUGGUGUGUCCUGGUGGACACGGGACGUCCCCUGCCUGGUACUUCCACUCGCUAUGAGACCCCAGUGUGUGAAAGUGAUGCCAGAUCGAAGAGCACAGAGAUUGAUGAUCCAUUCAAGGACAGAGAACUUCCAGGCUGCCCAGAAGGGAAGAAAGUUGAAUUUAUUACCAGCUUACUUGAUGCUCUGACUACGGACAUGGUACAGGCUAUUAACUCGGCAGCACCUACUGGGGGUGGGAGGUUCUCUGAGCCAGACCCCAGCCACACGCUGGAGGAGCGAGUGGUACACUGGUACUUCAGUCAGCUGGACAACAAUAGCAGCAAUGACAUCAACAAGCGGGAGCUGAAGCCUUUUAAGCGUUAUGUGAAGAAGAAAGCCAAGCCCAAGAAAUGUGCCCGACGUUUCACUGACUACUGUGACCUCAACAAGGACAAGUCAAUCUCACUUCAGGAACUGAAAGGGUGCUUAGGAGUCAGCAAAGAAGGAGGUAGCCUGAGCAGUUUCCCCAGUGGAAAAAGACAAGGCCUUAACCCUUUCAUAGGUCGCCUGGUGUAGCAGCAGAAGAUGGGAAGGGAAGGCAGGAGCCGACCCAAAGGAAAGAAAGAUCUAGCAAUAGACGGACAGACACCUUGCUGCUUGCGAGCAAGCAUGCAGCAUCAGCAACAUCCAACGUAGCAGAAGUGGCACCCAGAACGUUUGCACUUUUUAAUAGUUGGUUUGGGUUUGGGUUUGUUUUUAAUUGCUUUUCGAUGCCAUUAUCUAAUGUUUUGGAGAGUGGGGGGAAGCAGAAUCAUGUGUUUUUAAAAUUGGAACAGCUACUGAUGCCGUAAAAUUGAGUUCACUGGACUCAAAGAAAGAGAAUUUUAUAUACUGUAUAUAAAUAUAUAUGUAAAUUGUACAGUUGUCUUGUACAGGGGUUGGAGUCACUGUUCUGUUCCUUCCUUUGCUUUUGAAGGCUGUUAGGGUUAGAGAGACACUUUGCAUGUAACGGAUUACGGUAAUGUAUUAAUUUCUGCCACCAAAUCAUCAUUCAGUUGCAAACCUUAACACCCACAUGCAAAAAGGAGUGAGUAUGGCAUGUAGUUGCAGAUGUUCAUACAGUGCCCAGAUACUAAGUGCUUCCUGGAGCAGCUGAAUCCUUCCUUUCUUACUGAAAAGCCCUGUGCAACUCACAAGCAAUUGGGCUUUUGAGGCAGCACAGAUUUCACCGAAGUAUUGGUGUGCUGCUUAACAUAGGGAUAAAAAGGGGUUAUAUUAAGGACAUAAAAAGUAGUUUUUGCACCUGCUGCAAGUUGGGUGGAAGUGAAUUGCUAAUGCAUUACUAUCCAGGCUCAGAAGACAUGCUUAACAAGGAUGUACCAUGCCUAGGGGUUCUAACACUGUAGGAGGACGGAGGAGCUGUAGGCCUAGUAGAGUCAGCAGAGUGAAGUCUUGCAUCUUCCUCUCUGUCAAAGUAUUCAUCUCUAUCUUGUACAAUAAUAAAAAUAUGAGAGGCCUGCUAAAAGCAGCAUUAGCUUGCCUGUUGCUUUGCUGACAGUGCAGAAAGACACAAUCAUGCUGCUGGUCUCCAGGAGUCUGGCUUACUUAUGUUUCAAUACUACAGCUUGGGCUAUGCUCACUAGUGAAGACCUGUCUGCAAUGACUAUCCUUGUCUUUGGUGGUUAUGAACCCCAAGCUCCUCUCCUGCAUAAUGGUGUGCCUGCCUUCACCCUGUGCACUGUUACCAGUGCCUCCCGGGUUAUCACACUCCAGUGUCACAAUAACAGUGAAGACUUGGAUUGAGGAGCCUAGUGUUCUUGGAAGCCACAGGAUCUAUUUCAACUACCAGCAGUUUUUCCAAAGUAGUUUCUUAGUUAAUCUCAGAUACAAUUGUAAAGUCAGCAGUAAAACAGGGACACCCGUAUUGGCAACCCUAGGUUUGGACAGAGUGUGAUGGGACACACUGUUUUAUUUUGUGCAUUUCCAACCACUGGCAGCACUUGCCUCUUCAUAGGAAAUGUUCUGAGCAGCCUCCCACUUCAGGCCUAGUGAUCCUUGUGCCUCUCAUCUCUGUAGUCAGAGAUGAUGACACGCCAUGCUAAUAUGAGAUCAUACCAACAAUUUCUUAGUGUAGAGAGACUAGGCUUGUUCCUUGAGGCUUUGUUGCUUUGGUAAAAGAUGUUGUACCAUAGCAUCUUCACUCUGGCAUGAUAUUGUCAUGAUAGCAUGAGAUAAAUGCAUCGCAGCAGGAAUGUCCUGAUGCAGUAAGUUAAUGCCUUGUUGACAAAACAAGAAGUUAAAAAAACAGAAAAACUAAACAAAAAUCUUUCUAUAAAUAGCUACUUAGUGAUAACUCUUCUUUUGGGAAGCAGAUUUGAGCUAAUUAAAGCAUUUGGCAUGGUUGAAAACACCUCUGAUAAUGUCUGAAGUAUACAUCACAACACCAGACUAGAAAGAAGUUAUCUUAUUAGCAAGAGCUGAUCUUGCUGCUGGAUCUUCAUGCUUUCUCACAUACAAUGCGUGUGCUCUCUUGGCUUGUAAGAUCCCAUCUUCGUGAUUGCAUCUUCUUUUAAAUGCCCAGGGCACAUCUUUUGUUUGUUGAAAUGAUUUGGCUUAGUAUAUAGUUAGGAACACCUGUGUCACUCAUUAAUCCUAUUGUAGGAAUAAAGAAAGUAUCCAACUGUAAAACAAACAAAACCCUCUCCUUUUUUAAUACGCUAGUUUGAAGAAUUAAAACCUGUGGCUGCUGUGUUGGUGUUUGGUCUUUGGUGGGUUUUUUGUUUUGUUUUGUUUUUUCUUUAUGCAUAGUUACAUCCAUCAAAAGCAGCCAAUUGGAUGCCUAUAGGAGUUCUGUCACUGGGGCAGGGCAAUGCUUCACAAGAGUGCCAUGGGAGUGCGGAGCUGCUAAACAUCACUGCAUCUUUUCUUCUGGAAAUGUCAGUAAACCAGCCAUCCAACAGCCAACUCUCCUGCCUGUCACAUAAAUCCUUCUGCACACCUCUUUUAUCUCACCCUUGUGUCCUUCCCCUCCAAAAGGCCUGUAUUCACAUGUAGUUUGCAAUUAAAAUUGCGUCAGUUUUUCAAGGAAGCCAAGCAAGUCAUGGCAGUUGAUGCCAGCUUUGGUACUGAUGUGGAUUCAUGUUCCUAUGCUCAAAUUUAUGGAUGGAUUGAGGUCCAAGCAUUAUAAUGCUUUCCCCUUCACCUUCACCAAACAAGUCAAAGGCUCUGCAUCCUGACUUGUUGGGUUUGCAUAUGCCUCUGAGCAGCUUCUGAGCACUUGUACAUUGACAUGCAAGACCCAACCAGCAUGACUGUGUAAUGUCCAGACAGAGGUUAGGUUGUGUGUUCUGGGUUUGUUUGUUGGAACAUUAUGCAAACAGUACUGUUCCUGAGUCAUACAACCUACCGUGUGAGCUUUCCAGUCUGUACUCCAGCCUCCACUCCCUGCUUCCCUUUUUAUGUUUAUUGCCAGAUGUUUGGCUGCCAGGCUAAACCUGUCUUUAUCUGUCAGUGGUAAGCAUUCUUCUCUGCCUUGCAUCAGUAGCAUCCUACUGAAGAUGGGGCAUGGGGAGUGUCAGCAUUGUGCCUGGAAGCAGACCCUGGGCAUGUCUCUCCUCAUCCUCAAAGUCCUCCUUGGCCUCUCCAGCUCUACUUUGAAUGACAGCUGAAAAACAGCUGGAACAGAGAAGAGAACCAGGGCUCCAUAAUGCAAGUCAUCUGUUCUUCCUGCUAGAAGCAAAAAUCUUUCCUUUUUUGCUGAUCCUCCAAGGACAUGGUGUGUUGGAGGGAACUGUAUUACAGUGGGAUUCAUCCAUGUGAAGGCACUGCUUUCCAUGGCCUGGGUUUAUAUUGGACUUACCCUGCCCCAGCACAUUUCUACCUAUGGCAUUGUUUUUUAGACUGAAAGGCAUCUGUUUGAUUUUGGUUUUGUAAUAAAAUAGAUAAUUUUUGCUCCA